UCUAAUACUGUUGUAGUGAUGAACACAUGUCUGCAAAAAAUGUGUGAAUUAUUUUUGAAUUAAAUAAAAUGUAAAUUAAUUAUACCUUUAAUUAGUUAUUAAAAAUAAUUUUGAAAAUAUCAUAUUAUUAAUGCAAAUGUCUCGUCAAAAAAGUAAAGUGAUUGUCAAUCGCAGUGUUUCCAGCGAUGAAGAAGAAGACAUGGACUCAGAUGUCGAUCCAAAAGAUCUCGAUUUGGAUGACAUUAUCGAGGAUUCAGACGACUUGAAUGAAGAUGAUGCCAAAGAUUUGGCAUCCGAGAGGACAUCCAACAUUGGAUGGGCUGACGCUAUCAACAAAGUACUGGCCGUUAAGCCAAAGAACAAGUCGUUUAUUAUGUCAAAAGCCAAGAAAGAUAAAGACCUCAAAAGAAAAGACGACGACAAAGAAGAUAACGUCGAGAUAGUCAAUAAAGACGGAACUGUUGUCAAAAGUGAUGAUAACAACGAAACAUCAAAGAAAAAAAUGAAGAAAACUAAUGAAACAAAUGCUGAGAAGUUAUCGAAGCUCAGCAAAACCCAGUGGGAAACGAUGGGUAGACUUAAACCGACACUCGAGGACUGGGAACGCGAACGUAGGCUGUGCUCGAUUGCCACCAAAGGUGUCGUCCAAUUGUUUAAUGCCGUACGCGAACAGCAAAAGACUAUCGAUAGAGAUGUCCGAGAAGUUGGUUCUUCGGAAACCAGAAGAGAUAGAGUGAUAAAUAAAUACAAUAAAAAUCAAUUUCUUGACAAACUUAAGGAAAAACAAAAGAAAGAUAAAACCAAUGAUAGCAAAGAGUCCGAUAAGAAGGAAGAGAAGACAUGGAAAGUCUUGAGGGAUGACUUCAUGAUCGGCGCAAAGAUGAAGGAUUGGGACAAACAAAGCGAUUCUGAAGAGGAAGACAUUAUCGACUAAAAUAUUAAUAAUAAAAUAUCAUUUG